CACUUCCAGCCCGCAUCCUCUCAGCUCUCCUGCGGUGUUUGGAGCUGUGCUGCCGGUGAUGACGAUGAGACUGUCUGCCCAUGGGCAUCCGCACACCCACAAACAGAGUCCUGUGACCUGAGAGAAAAAAGAUAGCUGAUGAAAUAAAGCAAAGACAAGUUUGGAACGACAAGAGGCUCUACCGGGCUGGCAGGGCGCACCGGUGACCUUAUCGAUUUCAACAGACGGCUUCUGGCGGGUGUCAAAUCCAGAGGUGAACGUCGCAAUCCAGGUUAAAAAGGGAAAGACUGAUCCAUUUUGUGAGUAAUGUGAGAAUUAACUCAAACAUGCACCAACAUAUGCAAGUGCAACCCUUGGAAGGAAGAGCUCGUUGUAGUUAUAUAAAUCUGCCAAUAAUAAAUGGGGACAGACUGAAGACAGCUAAGGCUCUAGUGGACAAGGCAAUAAAGGAGAAGAAAGUGUUCUCAGUGCUGGGUCCCUAUCCUGUAAUCCGUGCAGGCCUACGUGCAAGAGGAUGGGUGGAGCGGCGACUACCACGGCCCUCUGUCCCACAGCCCCGUCGACAUGAUCUUGAAACUGAAGCCACAGAUGAGGGUGACAGCAGUGAUGAUGAUGACUUAGGAGAAGAGGGACAGAGGGACGAUGAGGCAGAUGAUCUGUACGAUCUAAUGACACGGUUGGUUCGCAAUGAGACACCAUAUUUCUACUGGACAACCAGGAGGGAUUCAGUCGACUGUCAGUCUUUACGUAAAGACCAGAUGACCAAUCAUUACGCAAAGGCAGGAUCUUUCACCACCAAGGUUGGUUUGUGUAUGAAUUUGAAAAAUUUGCAGUGGUUUGAUGCAGCAGAUCCUGAUACAUUCUUCCCACGCUGCUACAGACUGGGGGCGGAGGAUGAUAAACAUGCUUUUAUUGAGGACUUCAAAAGGACUGCAUGCACAAGUCUACUGCUGUAUGUUUUGGAGAAGUAUGGGGGGGAUUCAGAGUGGGAGAGAACCAGAGAGGUGUAUGAUGUUAAAUCUCAUGGUCUGAGCAAGACACGUAAACAGUAUGCCAAUCAGAGGGUUGGAACCUCGAUAAUUGACAAUGCAUUGCAUGUAUGUCAGGAAUAUCUAAACAGUUUAGAACACUGUGACAUAGACACCACUUUGGAAACAAUCCCUACCCUCUCAGAGCAACAGUGGAAGGUGUUUCUUCGGGAUUAUUAUUUAGUUAUUCAUGAAGGACUGACGAUAGAGGGCUGUGAAGCUUAUGUGGAGCGUUGUAAAUGCAUGCUGGAGCAGAUGAGUCAUGUUUGCCCUCAGAUGGAGACUGAUGGACUCUGCAACAUCUGGAUCAUUAAACCUGGGGCCAAGUCCCGAGGCAGAGGUAUAAUGUGCAUGAACAGGUUGGAUGAGAUAUUGAGUUUAGUAGAUGCAGACCAUGGCAUCAUGAGGGACAGUAAGUGGGUGGUGCAGAAGUAUUUGGAGCGGCCUCUUCUUGUGCAUGACACUAAGUUUGAUGUAAGACAGUGGUUCCUGGUCACAGACUGGAAUCCUCUUACUGUGUGGUUCUACCGUGAGUGCUACCUCCGCUUUUCAACCCAGCCUUACUCCACUCAUACAUUGGAUAGUUCUGUACAUCUUUGCAACAACUCCAUUCAGAAGCAUUUUCAACUAAGCCCAGAUCGCAAUCCUUCUCUACCUGCUGAGUGUAUGUGGUCAUGUUCACAGUUCCGCUCCUGGUUGGCUGCUUCAGGCCAGGAUGAUCUGUGGGAAGGGGUGGUUGUUCCAGGUAUGCAGAAGGCUGUUAUCCAGACUCUCUUGACUGCACAGGACAGUGUGGAACCUCGCAAAGCUAGUUUUGAGCUCUAUGGAGCUGACUUCAUGCUGGGACGGGAUUUGCGACCUUGGCUGUUGGAGAUCAAUGCCAGCCCCACCAUGGCACCCUCCACAGGGGUGACAGCUCGACUUUGCCCUGCUGUACAGGAAGACACUUUGCGGGUGGUGCUGGAUCGACGCUGUGACCGCAACACUCACACUGGUGGCUUCCAACUCAUAUACAAACAGGCAGCUGUAGAAGUUCCUCAGUAUGUGGGAGUGAAUCUUCUCGUAGAGGGGACUUCAAUCAGGCGUCCUCGAGCCCCUGUUUACAAGCCUCUUAUUCAGUCUCACCCUGAUCCGCUAUCAAAAUCUAGCAGUCACAAGUCUUCACUCAUAAGCAGCCAUUGCAUUUCUGGUAAGGAGAACCAAUCAGAAGAGGUAAAGAAGGCCUGGCCUACCCUCUCCUCCCGUAAAGUCACGUUAGAGAAAUCUUUGAUCUUUCAACCUAAACUGAGGAAACGUCCCCACAGACUCGUCUUGCCCUCGACCUGUUGUGUCCUUCCCAACCCAGUAGAGCUUCAUCCUCAAAAGCUCUCACACACUCACACCCAGUCCGAUCACCCCCCUGCACACAGGACACGCAGCAACCUCCCAUCGCUUUAUCGUCCAACCCCGUCACUGGACGUAAUAAAUCUACAACCCAGACAAACGCUCCCUUCCGGUAGCUACAAACAUGAAACACAUACAGUCAAUAUAUCUUAUCCUGUCUUGCGCAUGCAGAAAUAUCUGUCGCUGAACUAUAGACUGUCCAUGGACACUUUUACAGAGAGAGAAGGGCCGAAGUCAUCCUGAGGAACCUUUUGAAGAAACAUGAUUUCAUUCAAACAGAUUCUUGUGUGAUAAAAUGACCUAAAAAGAAUGAAUAAGUUUUAGAUUGCAUCAGUUGUACUGUGAGUUUAUAUUUCAAUGCACUGUAUUUAAAACCCAUAUAUCUUGGCAAUCUACUGUCAGAAAUAAGAAAAAGAACAGCAUAUUAUUUGAGGAAGGGGAUUCCGGCACCUUUUUCCUGAGCACAAGCCUUUUAUUUUUUUAUCAGUUUUCUUCAAAAAAAGAUCAUAUGCAGAAUAUUGACUGGUCACAUACAAUGGAAGCAUACCUUGGCCAGGGCCUGUUAAGAAAUGCAUUUGACUAUACAACAGCUUGUAGAAUUUUGACUUUUUGGGAAAACACAUCUUUAAAAUAAUGCAUGAAAUUUAAUGUGAGAUAUACAGUAGUACUAUUAUGGAAUGCCUAGUUCUGUAUUAUAUUGAUAUGGGAAUCUUGACUGUGGUAUUAAGCUUAAUAAUUAAUGGUGCUAAAUUUUGUAUUCUCCAGAAACAAUCAGGAUGCUUCCUUAUGAGCUGUUCAUUAACAAUGUUACUUAUUGGAAACACUAGUGACAUUCUCAAAAUUGUAACAGUUUUAUGCAAUUUGAAUCGAGCUAAGUAACAAUUAGAUUUUUAUUUAACUAAUUUUGCACUAUUAUGAUGUUAAACCUUUAACCAAACUCACCACUAGAUGGAGGUAGCAUUCAUCUUCGUAAUUUUUGUCAAGGCUCAUCAUCAUGGGUAUAAAUAAUAUAGUAUCUUUACACGCUAAAUCCACUAUGAUGGUUUGUUAUAAUAUGUGUUAAUACAGUUUGGUAUGUCAUAAUGUCAAAAAGACAGGGUUUUAAGGGCAUUUUUGUAUUUUUGCAUAAACUUGAUAAUCUAAAAUAAAAGGGAACACU